AUGGAGGUCCCCCGAUCCCGCCGCCGCAUUAGGCACUCCCCACCACCGCCGCCACCAGCACAGGGUUGUACGGGAGGAGAUGACCUCAUCAGCAUGCUCCCGGACGACAUGCUCCUCCAGAUCCUCACGCGCCUCGGCUGCGCUCGCGCCGCCGCACGCACAUGCAUCCUCGCGCGCCGGUGGCGCAACCUCUGGAUCCAUCUCCCCGGGCUCAUCUUCCACGACGUCCCGGUCGGCAAGGUGCAGGCGGCGCUCACCCGCGUCGCGCGUCGCCGUGCAGGUAUGUCCGUCUCUGCCCUCGACAUCCGUCUCAUGAGGAGUGUGCCGCCGGAGGCUGCCAGGCACGACGAAGCGCUUGCUAAGAAGUUGUUGUGCAAGGCCGUCCGGCUCUCGCCAGAGGAGCUCAUGUUCGUCCUCCCGCGGUCUUCUAUAAGCAAGCCAGGGCGUCGCGUCGAAAUCACCAUGCCUUGCUUCCUCCAUGCCACCUCCAUCGAGCUGGACACAUACUUCAUCCAGAUCCAGCCGCCGGCCAACCAGAUCCUUCAUGCGCUUGAGAGGCUCUCUCUCUCCGGAAACAUUGUUGACAUUGGCGCCUGUCUCAACCAGUGCCCGCGCCUGCACGUGCUCAGGGUCACCUGCCGUGGGGUCUUGCCUGUCUUGCUCGAAGAGUCGCUCACUGCACUAGAAGCUGCUGUGGCGCUUGGACUCACGGUGUCCCUCUUACGCAUCGAACUCGAGCUCUAUAGUGGGGGACACACUGCUGAUGGAGCUCAAUUUGCCUCCCUUCUCCAUGCUGCGGCAAGGGUCUCUCCACAAGAGCUAGUCCUUGUUAAUAGCUUCAACAAAUAUUUUACUGCUGAGUUGCCAUGCUUUCCUCGCACGAAGUUGAUCGAGAUGUGGUUGUUCUUUGUCUGCUUCACACAGGUGACGGAAGAUAAAUUCUUGGCACUUGAGAGGUUGUCCCUCCAACACUACCGUUGCACCAUCCUCGAUCUUGACACCAUGGUUGCCCGUUGUCCACGCCUACGCGUGCUCAAGGUGAACGCAGAUAGAUCUGCACAAGUUGUUACAAUCCGCUCAACAUCGUUGCAAGAGCUUGAGCUUAGUAUCGAUGAAGGGCAAUGUGAGGGUAUCAACAUAGAGACUCCACUGCUUACGCAACUGAAGCUCAGUGUUGAUGCUGCCUCAGACAUCAACGUGUCCAUCUGGGCGCCAAUGGUGGAGAAGGUCUCCUAUUUGUUUUCAUAUAAAAAGUUAGCCCUUAUGUUUGGUUUUUGGUCACUUCAGAGCCUGAGGGUCGAUACGGUAGAGAACUACAAAUACAAAGAUGAAGGGCUCACCAAGGAAGGGAAAGAUGCAUGUUCGCAGCCCCCUCGUGUUCAUGUCCUAUGUUUGCAAAUAUCUGCGCAGGAUCAGUCUGGUCCAGUGCUGAACUUUGCUAGGGAGUUGGAGAAACCUCCAGUUUCCAACUUUCCAAUAUUGGCCCUAAACCUCAAUGCAGAGGGACAUGUUUUAGCAGCAUUUGUGUCACGUAUCCUUGGGAUGCAUCACCUUCAAACUCGUAUACAAAGGCUUAAAGUUGUACUAUGCAGUUGGUCUGAGAUGUCAAAAUGCGUUAAACAUUGUCCUUGUAAUGAGCCCAAGAACUAG